AUGUACUUAUUUGCGCAACGCUCUGCGCGUGAUUUUGUUGCCGGAUUUUAUACGAAUUUUUGUGGGAAUGAAUGUGUUGUGGAGAUGAUUCGGGAUUUGCCGGAUUCUCAAAUGGGUCGUGGACCUCAAACAUGUCAUGACCAUAGCCAAAAGAAUGAAUUAAACGAAGUGAUAACCCACGAAUUUGUAAAUGAAGCACAACGGGAACAUUCAUGGGAAAUAUGA